AUGGCGGCAUUAGUGCGGCACUAUAAGAAUAAAUAUGCAAGACAGCGCGAGCUUCUGGAUCGCCUCAAGAAUGAGUACAGGAUACAGAAAGCAAAUCUUCAGAACCUGCAGUCAGAAAAUAACCAAUUGCGUCAAGACCUUGGUUAUGGCCAAACGACGCCUUCAGAAAUUCCAGAUAGGAACGGGAAGCGCAGAAUGCUAGAUGGUCACCGGCAUUCAAACGGUACACUAACCAGCUCUAGUCCUCGUACGGUCGUGACGCCAAUUGGGCCUAAUCGACUGACCUUGCCGCCGGACCAUCAACAACCUACUUUUGCAUCCAAUCACGCGUCCCAUAGACAUGGCGACGACUAUGCUCCUAUGCGGACUAUCCGAGAAAAGGUUGAUAUCGAGAACGGGCCUCCACAAAGAGAUAGGCCGGGGUCUAGUCGGUUUGCACAAGAGUAUGCAUAUAUACCUCCUCCAUCCACGCAGAGUCAUGUCGUUCCGCAGCUCGCUCUUUCUCAUGCACAGGCUGCUCCGGCGCGACAUGCGCUAGCACGUCAAGCGUUGGUUCAAGGAGGUUCGUCGUUGCGCGCGCAAAUGACCAUGCCACCACCACCACAUCCAACUGAUCGCAUUUCUCAAACUCAAAACUUCAAUUCACAGACCACCAUAUCUGCAGCUGGCGAUUAUAACAACUUACAACAUCGGGGUCAGGGUGCUACUAGUCGGUCUGAGAUGCCUCCACCUCCCACGCCCCGAGCACAGGCAAAUGGGGUCCAUCAACGUAGUUCUUUCCAGCCCACGGGAAUGCCUCGACCGGUGGCUUCGACGCCCAGUAGCUCGCGCCGCUUCGUGCCGCCGAGAGCGGGAACGAGUACUUCAGGGAAUGGACAUCUACAGCAAGAGGACUUGCUACCUGGGCGGCCACCACUUCCAACUCAGUCUGCGGACCCCUCGCGUUUCUUGGGACCUGAAUCUGGCCGUGCCUUUUCUGUUCAGCAUCAUACUUCGAGCGCGGGAUCAAGAGCGCCGUCAAGUGCUCGUCAUGGUACUGCAUCCUUGGCUGUGUCCGGGGGUCAACGUAUGUCAUUUGUGCCGGGUUCGUAG